GGAUCAUCCACACUGGGGAAGGCAGCAUCUCUUGAUGCUCUUUUAAAUGAAUGCAUUCAUGGAUUUGAUGACAGUGGUGACCUGCAGGGUAACCCCCUCCCACGCAUUGUGCUGCUGAUGCACCGUUGGACCUCCUGACGGUCUGGAUACUUGGUUGUGAGGUGUAGUAGGCCCUAUACUGUGAGCAUAGCCUGGCUCUUCAUUUAGAUUCAGCCCAACCUUUAGGUCAUAAUUCUCUGUAACUGUUAGCUGCUAACCUCCGGAUUAGCUUGCAUAGGACCAUAGAGGACCUGGGCAAGAAUGCUUAUUGGAUUAUUCCAGCCCAGUGUUUAAGAAGUCUUGUGGUUUGUUGAGCUGCAACUUUUAAAUAAUAAGCACUGUUGCAAUGUUUUGGGUUUUUUUUUCGUUUUAGAGCGAAGAGGCUUUCUCCUAGCAACCCUUCCAAAUAAGCCAUACUUGUUCAAUCUUUUUGUUAAUGCACUGUUGUGAACUCUAAUAUUCAUCAUGCUGAGUGAGGCCUGCACAGUUUGAAAUUAGUUCUCAUGCUUUUGCAGUUUCUCUGAGUAGUGCAAUUUGACCUUGCUGGUAUGGUCCUGGAAAAAAUGAUGGGUAACAGUAAAUGGACUAGUUCUUAUAUAGCGCUUUUCUACUCUAUCUGAGAACUAGAAGCACUUAAUACAACUUGCCUCAUUAACCCAUCCAUAUCAGCACUUUCCCCACGUGCUCUUUCUACUGAAGUGCGUUCCAUCUAAUGGUCACGCACAUUCACACUCUGAUGGAUGCAUUACCGAGCAACUUAAAGUUAGUAUCUCGCCAAUGGAUAUUUGGCAUCCAGAUUGGAGCAGCCAAGGAACAAACCACCAACCUUCCGAUUAGUAAAUGACCUGUUCUACCUGCUGAGCUACAGGAAUGGAUGUCUGGAAUGUUUUCUAAUUGUUAAAAAUCUUUCUUACUGACUUAAAUAUGCCAUGUUACAUAAAACCUUAGGACUUAAAGAAGGUAUACUUUAACAUGACUUUGUGGAGUCAUCACCUCUUUAUCUAUGUGCAGGAAAGGUCUGUAAUGGAAUAAUAAGUAAUAUAUUACACAUUACUCCCUUACUGUUUUUUGAAGCAAUACAUUACUUUUCUCCUUGUACAAAGUAGUUUGUUAAAUUACAGUUAUGUUACUUUGCAACAUGGCCUGUUUAGUUGGUAGGCAACAAUAUAACACCAAACUCACUGUACAAAUCUCUAUGCUAACAAGGACAUGCACAAAAUCUUUCUUUCAGUAGUCUAUUUAAGUACUACCCCAAAGCUAACUGACAGCAAAGUGGGUAAAAACAGCCCAUAGAGCACUUCACAGAAAAAAAUGUUGUGAUGAUGGUGAUUGGACCCUAAGAAGGAGUUUGAGCAGAAAUGCACAAUCCUACAAGCUUCUUCAGUUCUACUUUAAACCUCCCUAAAUAUUGGCACACUCCCCUUUAGCAACACUCUGUCUCUGGCUGUUAGCUUUAAUGUCAUGUUUACAGUAAAGCAUUUUCACAAUGAGUACCACCUCAUAAAAUAUAUGGCUCUUAAAGUAUCACCCUUAUGACUGAAAUUAGUAGUACUAAUGUCCUGGGUCGGUGACCCAGUGUUUUCUGUUUGGUAUUAUUAAUCUUUGAUUUCUUGAUGUGUCUUUGUUAGUUUUGGUUCUGUGUUCCCACUGUUCUGUGUUAGUAUUGUGCCUCUGAGUUUAGUCUGUGGAUUUCCUGUUUUACUCUGAAGGUCUUGUCUCAUGUUAGUGUAUUCUGCUUUACUUCCUUGUCUUGUCUUGCCCAAUUAGUUCUAGCUGUGUUGCUAUCUGUUCCUUGUUCCUCCAUGUUCAUGCUGUGUAUAUAUAUUGUGUGUUUGCCUUUGCUCGUCGUUGCUCUGUAUGUGUUACUUGGUGUAUCUCUGCCCUACAGUCUCUGUGUCAUCUCUGCUCAUCACUCUGUGUCCUAAUGGUUUCAGGUUAGUUGGUUAGUUUUUCCCAGGUUUUUUAGGUUUUGGUAGCUCCUCCGUUCCUGUUUUUGCCACUUUGCCACUUCUGUAAAUAAAGCUCACUAGCAUCACAGCCUACGCCUGCAUCUUGGGUCCUUACUCUCACACGCCACACGACUGCGCUGAGCUACUUGGUGUUUGCCUUUUGCAUUCCUAAUCCAAGUCGAUAAGGUGUCAAGGAGAAGGCUGAUGGCAACUGGAUGAGAUGUCGUGCAUAAUCUAUUAGAGGCAAAGCUUGAGGGCAGCAUGGUGACAUGAUGGUUAGCACUGUUACCUUGAAGCAGCAAAGUUUUGGGUUUACAAAAUCACAUGGUUAGCUUAAUUGGUGAUUCUAAAUUCCCCUUAGGUGUGAAUUAUGGAUAGCUGGAUAGUGUAGUGGUAAGACAACAUACCUUCGGAGCGGGAGUCACAAGUUCGAUUCCCACCCAGUAUCCAGUAAGGGUCCUGGCUAGACCCCUCAUGCUAAAAACAAAGCCCUGGAAUGGCGCGGCUAUGUCUGCAGCCUGUCUGCAGCUCAGACACAAGAGUUUCACUACAUGUUGUACUCUGUAUAAUUGUGUAUGUGACAAAUAAAGGUUGUUUGUUUGUUUGUUUAUUGCCUGCCUCUCUACGUUAGAGGCAACCUGUCCAGAGUGUAACACACACACUUCAUCUCACAAAUACACGCCAUUUCAAAAUCACAUGGUGAUUCUGUGCUUUUGUAUUCAAACCAAUUCCUUGUUCUGUUGAUUUGCUGUUUUUCUUCUUUUUUUUUUUUAAAUCUUGAAAAAUGUCCUUAACUUAAGCCCACGUACCGUAACUGCAGUGGUGACAACUGCCAAAGAACCAGGCUGAAGAUUUGUUAUUUAAUGAGGUACUGGAUAGUGACAUUUCCUGCAGAGUUCAACCUGGACUUGGGUCUGAUUAGAAUAACAGAGGAGUUCAGAGACGUGGCAGCUCAGCUUGACUGUGAGGAGCAUUUCAAAUUCAUCGACAUCUCAACCAUUCCAUCGUACGACUGGAUGAGAAAGAUUACCCAGCGGAAAAAGCAAACCAAAAAAGGGAAGGCCUCCCUGUUGUUUGACCACCUGGAACCCAUAGAGCUGGCUGAGCAUCUCACCUUCCUGGAAUUCAAAUCCAUCCGAAGGAUAUCAUUCACUGAUUAUCAGAGCUAUGUGAUCCAUGGCUGUUUGGUGGACAACCUGACUCUGGAGCGCUCCAUUGCUUUGUUCAACGGCGUUUCACAAUGGGUGCAGCUGAUGGUUCUCAGCAAACUCACACCUCAGACCCGUGCAGAGGUCAUCACAAAAUACAUCCAUGUGGCACAGAAACUCCUGCACCUGCAGAACUUCAACACUUUGAUGGCGGUGGUGGGGGGCCUGAGCCAUAGUUCCAUUUCUCGCCUGAAGGAGACUCACUUAUAUUUGGCUCCUGAAGUGGUCAAGAUCUGGAAUGAGAUGACAGAGCUGGUCUCUUCCAACAACAAUUACUCUUGCUACCGAAAAGCCUUCAAUGAGUGCCAGGGAUUUAAGAUCCCAAUACUGGGUGUGCACCUAAAGGACUUGAUUGCAGUGCAUGUGGUCUUUCCUGACUGGAUUGGUGAUGGUAAAAAGGUGAACCUUGUGAAGAUGCAUCAGCUUUACAUGACCUUCAAUGAGCUGGUGUCCUUGCAGAGUGCAGUGGCCCAAGUUGAACCCAACAUGGACCUCAUCUACCUACUAACGCUUUCGUUAGAUCUGUAUUACACUGAGGAUGAGAUUUAUGAACUGUCAUUGCUAAGGGAACCCCGUAACUCUAAAUUGCCUACCUCUCCAACAACUCCCAACAAGCCAUUGGCCCCACUGGACUGGGCAUCUGGUGUUGCUACCAAACCAGACCCCUGUCUGGUCAAUAAACAUAUCAGGAAGGUAGUGGAUUCUGUGUUCAGGAAUUAUGACCAUGACCGGGAUGGAUACAUUUCUCAAGAAGACUUUGAGAGCAUUGCAGCCAACUUCCCCUUCCUGGACUCUUUCUGCGUUUUGGAUAAAGAUCAAGAUGGAUUGAUCAGUAAAGAUGAGAUGAUAGCAUAUUUCCUUCGGGCUAACCCACUGCUGCAGUGUAAGAUGGGACCAGGAUUUGUCCAUAACUUUCAGGAGAUGACAUACCUGAAGCCCACGUUCUGCGAACAUUGUGCUGGAUUUCUCUGGGGGAUCAUUAAACAGGGGUACAAAUGCAAAGACUGUGGUGUUAACUGUCAUAAACAAUGCCGUGAGCUGCUGGUUCUGGCCUGUAGGAAGCUGAUUCGCUCUGGCUCUCUGGGCAGUGUUUCUCCAGUCAGAGGAACUCACAGCUCACUGCCCAGCAGCCCCACAUUGCCUGCCUGUCAAGAUGAGGACGAGGUGUUUGAGUUCCCCGCUGUCACACCAGCAGUUCCAGCUCUCGACACUCAGUCCAUCACCCUGAUGACGGGCUCAGCCCAGAGAAUCUCUGUGCGCCUGCAGAGAGCCACCACAAGCCAGGCUACGCAGACUGAACCACUGUGGCCUGAACAUGCCUGGGAAGUGGCAGACAGUGGUGCUCACACCUUCCCCAAAAUGAAAUACAGAACUCACAGGAAAAUGUUUAAAAACAAGGGUUUCGCCUGCUGGGAAAACCAGAGUGGCAGGCAGUACCAGGCAGGUUCUGCACCACACUGCACUGGAAGCAUUUUUUUUAAUUAUUCUUUGGAUUUUUGUUGUGCCUUUAUAUAAAUCAAUUUGAAUUCAAAUGAAUUGAUUUUUUUUAACAGAUAGAUACCUUGGUCAGCAGAUCUGGUGGGGUUGUGAGUAAAAAUGAAAAACAGUGCAUAGAGAGAGAAGACUAAAGUUAAUGACAUUCAGUAGUGACAUGUAAACAUAUCAGCAGUGAAAAGAGGAGGAGAGCGGCUCAGUGCAUCCUGGGAAGUCAACCAGUGUAAACCAGUAAUAACUAAGGCAUGGUUCAGGGUCACUUGAUUCAACUAAGCUGUCAGUCUCCUGAACCCAGACUGAUUGCUUUGCCUCACAUUCUACUUUUGAUUUGUUCUUUUUGUUUCUUUUUGGGUUAGAUAACUUAUUACAGUGUUAGGA